AUGUCGCCACGGUCGUUAAGUGUGGAAAGUAGUCAUAGGUCACUUAAUUCAGUGCUGGGCCAACCUCCCCCCCUCUUCCUUUCUUUGCUGCCCCUCAAUGAUCUGUGUCCCCUUUUGUUUUCAGAAGGCAGGGAGUGUGUAAACUGUGGAGCUACCUCAACCCCACUUUGGAGGCGAGAUGGCACAGGGCAUUACCUCUGUAACGCCUGUGGAUUGUACCACAAAAUGAAUGGGCAGAAUCGGCCACUGAUAAAGCCCAAAAGAAGACUGUCAGCUGCAAGACGGGCUGGGACAUCGUGUGCAAACUGCCAGACGACAACCACCACAUUGUGGAGGAGGAACGCCAACGGGGAUCCUGUGUGCAAUGCCUGUGGGCUGUACUACAAGCUCCACAAUAUUAACAGACCCCUGACCAUGAAGAAGGAAGGCAUCCAGACCCGAAACCGGAAGAUGUCUAGCAAGUCGAAAAAGGGCAAAAAAAUUCACGACAGCCUGGAGGAUUUCCCCAAAAGCAGCUCCUUCAACCCCGCCACCCUUUCCAGACACAUGUCGUCCAUCAGUCAUCUUUCUCCCUUCAGCCAUUCAGGCCACAUGUUGACCACACCGACUCCGAUGCACCCUUCUUCCGGCUUGUCUUUCGGACCUCACCACCCCUCAAGCAUGGUCACCGCCAUGGGCUAAACAAGAAUGCGUUCUCAGGCAGAGGGGGGGGGGGAACAAUAAAAAAAUAAAAAAUAGAGACUUCCCUGCUUAAAAGAAAAAGAAAAAAAAGUGAAAGAAAGAAAGAAAGAAAGAAGAAACCGAGUUCCUGUUUUCGUUUAACUUCUCCAAACGAGAAGUAUCUUUAUAUAUUGGCCUCAUCCGCGAGGAGCCUUCCUGCCCCUUCCCAAAACUGUUCAAGGCAGAUGCUAAAACGGGACGGGCAGGAAAAUAAAGGAAGACGGGAAAUAUUUUUU